GAUUGCUCUGUCAUCCGCUCAUCGGGGCUGCCGCACCGCCCUUCACAUCUGAAGCGGGAGGUGGCAGCGAUUGGUCAGGCGUGGGUCCAACAUGGCGGCCACCGCGACCAGCAACCCGUCUCAGCUGCUGCCGCUCGAGCUCGUGGGCAAAUGCAUGGGCUCCCGCAUUCAUGUUGUGAUGAAGAGUGAUAAAGAAGUUGUUGGAACACUUCUAGGAUUUGAUGACUUUGUCAAUGUGGUGUUAGAAGAUGUUACAGAUUUCUAA